AUGGAUGUCGAUGGUCUGAUUGGCCCAGAGCUUUGGGUCGGCCAAGUCAGACUUUGGCUUGUGCCAAGAUCGGAGCCCCGCUCGCGUUGCCCAAUCAAGCCCCCUGGGCACACUUCCAAGCCCCCGUGGCGCUCGGUCAAGCGGGACUUGGGAUUGUGCCCAGUGUGA